UCCCAUAAACCAAUCCCUGUUCGAGCGUGUGCGGCCACACAGGGAUAUCCGUGUGGUGUGAUAUCGCGCAGCGUGUUUGUACAUUAUCGAAAUACGUUUAAGGAACUGUAAACUGUGAAGCGAGUUACUGAAAGAUAGUGCACUAUUGAACAUUUUAGCGAGCUGUACCUUCUCAACCAGCGGUGAAUCACAGUGAACCGAUACGGGAAGCUGUUAACGCUGCCAAUCGUUGAGAGAUCCUUACCGUCGAAGCUAUGAAAAUGUGUUCCAUAAAAGUGGGAAAUUGUGUUCAACCCGUGUGCGUUGGUGUGGUUAUCAACCGGAAUAUGUGUGCUUAAACGGCAAGUGAAGGAUUCGUAAGGAUGUGUGCGUGUGUUGGUGAUAGGGUAUUGAUGGUGGUGGUGGUGGUGUUGGUGGCGGCGGCCGUAGCCGUGUUUUAAAGUUUGAUCGCUCUCAUCCCAGUGGCCGGUUUAAACGGUCGGUUUAAAGUGUGCAGAAACAGCUUCUUUAGAGCCGCCUUAUCGUAGUGCCAAUGCCGGUUGGAAAUGUUUCAUACUAUCACAGAAGAAAGUAUUCUCCUCAGGCACCACCGGAUCACCAGUCACGAAUAUUUUUCGGAGAUUACGCACGCCCCGAUGCUUGCGGUAGUGAACGGAGCCGCUCGAACGGAAGCAUCUCCUCGGUCGCCACGAGCCAUUCGUCGUCUGCGUGCGUCAGUGUGAAUAGCAGUGCGGCCUCGCUGGUCGCCGAUGCAGCGAACGCCAAUUUGCUGAGCGUGUCGAAGGGUGUCGAAAUCGAAUCGAGUUCCGUGCCAAAAUGUAUCGAUAGUGUCGUCGCUGUCGUUGGUGGUAGUGGUGGUGGUGGUGGUGGUGGUGGUGGCGGCGAUAGUAGUAGUAGUGGCAGUGUCGGUACUACAUCGGGGUCCAAUAGCUGUGUCCGAGCGUCGGCGGGCGGCGAAGGUGGUGGUAGUGCAGGGGCGCAACAGGUGUCGACGGGUCGGGCGUGUGUCAGUGAAAGUGCCAUCGGAUACGAGGUCCACCGGGGUGCGGCGGUCCGUACCGUUGGCAGUACCAGUGGUAGCAAUAGUAGUGCAAGUGGUAGUGUAAAUAGCUCUAACAUUAGUGGCACCAGUGGCCAGCAGCAGCGACCGAGGGCACAGGUGACGAGUGUUGGGAAUAGUUGCAGUAGUAAUAGUGGUGCCAGCAAUAGCAAGGAUCAACCGCACGGACUGUUGCUACUGUCGCCGGGUGUGGUAACGUCUGUCGCUGGAACGACGAUCCGCACAGGGCAGCUACAACCUUCGGCCAAGUCGUCGUCCUUAGCUGUAGCAGGUGGAUCUACUGCCACUACUCUAACACUGCCACCUACCGAUAGUUCAGUUCCGGGGGCAAUCAACACGAGCCAGAGUUUGUCUACAUUUGGCUCUGCUCAUCUUAAUAACAAUGAGGAGCAAAGAUCUCUUCAUUCACCAGGUCCAUCAUCAUCGAACACAAAUGGUGGAGUCUAUCAGCUAGGCCCGGGCAACGGCAAUGAAUCACUGCUGCUGCACCACACAAAUCCCGCAACAACGACGACAAGCAUCAAUAACACCACGGCGAAACAGCAACCGAGCCUGUACAGCAGCAAACAGCAACCACAGCCACAGCACCAGCAGCAACAGCAACAAUCAACGUCGGGCUUAGCCACCGGCCAUAAUCUUCUGCCGGGCAUCGUGACUUAUCCCUCGUCGGCAGCAUCCACGUCCGGACUGUGGUCGGAAGACAACCCGUUCGGCUCGGUCACACCGCAGCAGCAGCAACUGUCCCACUCGAGUGGCGUGAACGUGAACGUGACUGUGAACGUCGUGGCACGAUCCGUAACCGCGAGCACCAUGACGACGACAACGGCAACGACGACCAACACAACGACGCUGGCACCCCCGCGACCGAUGCAGAAGGUGAUCCCGACGGUGGUCUACCUGAUGUCUCGGAUCGCUGUACAUAUGGAGAUCGAGGGCACGGCACAGUGCCCGGCGCAGGUGAUGCUUGCCGCCGCCCUUGGCUGUGAAGAACUAGGUAUUACGAACAAAUUGCUGGCCCAGAGCGUGUUCGGCCUGUGGAUGACCAGUCCACUGCUGGAGGUACAGCUGAAGCCCCACCAUCGGCCGUACGCGGUGCGCGUCGCCUGGUCGAAGCUGCUCGACAAGCACAGCCACGGGAACGAGCUGGAAAAGCUGUCCGACGAACCGAUGACGACCCUGCGAAGAAACGUGUUCUUCUCGCGGCGGGACGAGGAAAAGAUCAAAGAUCCCCGGAUAUUGGAGUUGCUGUACGAGGAGGCCCGACACAACGUUCUGCUCGGUCGGUACGUGAUGGAACCGUCGCAAUCGAUCAUGCUCGGCGGCAUCCAGGCCCGGAUAGAACUGGGCCCGUACAACUCGCACACACACACAACCAGCUACUUCCGGGAAAAUCAAUUCCGCUUCCUGCCGGCACACGUGGCAAAGAGUUCGAGCUGGUCCUGGUUACCGAUCAGCCAGCGAUCGUCCGCCGAGGUGCGUCUGUUGGAGCAGUUCAAGCGCGUCCCGACGACGGCCACCACCAAGAAGCUGAUGCGAAAGUAUCUCGAGUUUUGCUGGGGUCUUCCGUUCUAUGGUGCGGCUUACUUCCAUGGACAAGUGGAGCAACCGGUACGUGGUCUUAUGAGUCUGAUGCAGCAAAAGGAUCUACCCGUCCUGAUAGCGGUAAACGAGCGGGGGAUCUUCGUAAUAGAUCAGAUCGAAUGUACACUACUUCUGGGGCUCAAGUACGAAGAGUUUUCGUGGGAGUACGCCAAACCGAGCAACGUGAACGAUCCCGAAUGCUUGCCGUGCAUCUUUCUGCAGUUCGGCGCCGUCGAGAACGGCAUUGCGGCCACGAAGCUGAUGCAGAUCUUUUCCCGCCAGGCCGCCAUGGUGGACGCCUUAAUAACGCACUUUGUCGAGCAGGACAAGCGACGGAAGGAGAGUGGAGCCGAUGCCGAUCAGGCCGGACCAGGUGGACUGGCGGAUAACACUUAUGUUGAACCAAACCCAAUCAAGAACAAUGGCAUCGGUGUGCUGAGCAACAAGUUCGCCCGCCUCACGCUGGCCACGUUCGACGACGAAGGGCGCUGCAUCGGCCAGACGGGCUCGUUAUCGAUAAGCUAUUAACAUUUAAUUCUCAUUUAAGUUUGGCACCACGGAACGGAACGGCAGUUGCGGGAGUUUAGGGCAGGAAAGGGUGGCAUAACAAUACAAAAAAAAACCAGGCACAGACUUACCGGACCGGCACAACCGAAGCACAAGAAAUCCUGAUGGGAUGCACGAUAAAGGCCGGGCAAGAAAUCGAAAAACCAGUGGAGCAAUCACGAUGGACAUUGCUGGAGUGCUGGAGAUGAUGGGAAAUGAGAGAGUGGCAAGGGAAACCAAGCGCACGAGUUCCGAUGGUGUACUUUCCGUUUUUUGAAGCAGAACACGAGCUCCGUCACACGGCCAUUGUUGUACAUUACUAGCACCACUGUGUCCCACUUGCUUUCCCCGUUUGUAGUAUCGCAACGCCCCGUGGUUAAGAAUCAGUUACCGAUGCAGAACAAGGAAAAAAAAACCCCGAAAGUGGUCAAGGACAGCUCGGCGGAAGUGCAUGAUGGAAAAUCGAAUUUACUUGUAAAUAGUGCGCUAAGCAGAAUGCUGGAGGAAGGAGUCCGAAACAUUCGGUGAAAUGGAAGGCGCGAGCACGGGAGUUAGGCCCGUUCUUCUUCGACUGACAUUCACCUUCCACGUAGACGCGCGUAGAUAAUAAUGGAACAAAUAGGAAGGAACGAGUAGCGAAAAGGCGGAAAAGUCCGGAAAAGAAGAUUUUUACCAAGAAGAAGUAAAGUAUCACACAAAACUACAUGCAAUGUUUAGCUAAAACAAACCCCAAAACACGCAGUUGCAGUUUAUCCUUGUACAGAGAAAGAGAAGAGAGAGAGAGAGAGAAAAAGAGAGGGGAACGAAAGGGAAACAAAUGGAUCAUCGUAACAAAGGUCGUCAUCAGUUGUGCAAUACAACACAACAAAAUGGAAAAUUUCAGGACAUAGGGCGCAAGAGAAGCGAAUGAAGUGGCAAAGCAGGACAGCGAUGCUAGGAGAGCGAGAGAAAGAGAGAAUAAUUUUGUACUACUUUAAUUUAAUUAUACCCAAGCGAGUAUAUAUAUAUAUACAUAUAUAUGUAUACACUAUACCGACAUAUACAGUGGAUAUACAUUUAAUCUAUAUAUUUAGAUAUUUUGUACCACAAUACAAACACACACAAAGACACUAACACAGGAUCCGCGAAGGAAUCCUUCCAAAUGAAGGACAGGAAAAGUAAUCAGGCGAGAAAGUAAAAGAAGAAAAAGAUGGCACCAGAAGUAUAAAGCGAGAAAAUGUGGUAAUCAUGUAAAGAAAGAAGAGAGAAAAGAAAAUGAAAAAUCAAUCAUGCUUAGGAGAGGUUGCGCAGGUUCUAGAAAGCGGUAGAGAGGAGAAUACUUACUCGUAGGACAUGUAAAGUGAAGCAAAAAUAUGACAAGACAGCAACAAAGCACUGUAAUAAAGAGUAAAAACAAACAAGAAAACUUAACUCGAUAGUAUUUAGAGGACAUAGAAAAAGAAGAAAAAGAAGAAGAAGGUGGUAAAAAGAAAACAGAAGAAAAAACAAUCGGUUAGUCAAACGUCGGUAUAUACACUAAUAGUAAAAUACAUUAAAGAAAAGAUAUUACAUACGUGACACACACACACCAACAUUCACAGACAAAGACAAAAAAAACACAGAAAUGCAUACUAUUAGCUAACGAAAGGGAACGAAAACACACACACACACACACACACACAUUAGUAACCGAUAUCAAUAAUGGUGUAUGCAAAGGCAAACCGUGGAAAACCGAUAAGAGAAACAAAUUCAGCCGAUGAUUUCUUGUUUCUGCACAAAUGAAGGACAGCGAUAAAGAGUUGCUAAAAAAGAGGAAGAAAAACAUAAAGUCCCGCAUUGAGUAAAGGAAAUUUGUUUCUCUUUGUAAACCCAAGCAAAUGCAUACAUACAUACAUACACAAGCCGUACACUAUGAAGGGGGAAAAAAGGACGAAUAAAAUGAAUGAGCGAAAGACGAUUUGAUUAUCAUUAGCAGCGAGCUGAUUGUGGAUAAAAGUGAAGAAAGUAAAAGCAUCGAAAAGAAACAAAAAAAAAAGAGAGGAAAAAUCCACAACACGAAAACAGCAGAUUAUAAAUAAAUAAAAAUCCAAUAGAAUCGCCGAGCAUGUAUGAAAGAAUUACACUACUUUUGAAUAAAAAAAACGGUAAAUCAAACGA